AUGGAAGACCUUGGCGAUGCUUCUUAUGUGCUUGGGAUUCAAAUCCUUCAAGAUAGGGCCAAUGGAAUUCUUCUUUUGUCUCAGAAAACUUACAUUGAUCGGAUCUUGAAAAGAUUCAACAUGCAUUCAUGUUCUUCUGGGAAGGCACCGAUAGUGAAGGGUGACAAGUUCUCAAAGGCCCAAUGUUCACAAAAUGAUAAAGAGAGAGAUGAAAUAAAAGUUGUUCCUUAUGCGUCACUGUUUGGUAGCCUUAUGUAUGCUCAAGUAUGCACACGCCCUGAUAUUGAUGUUGUUGUUGGCGUGUUGGGUAGGUACUUGAGUGAUCCCGGACUUAGCCAUUGGAAAGCGACUAAGAAGGUCAAGCGGUAUCUUCAGGGUACCAAAGAUAAUAUGUUGACCUAUUGGCGAGCUGACACUCUGGAUAUAGUUAGGUUCAGUGACGCUGAUCAUGCGAGAUGCGUGGACGAUAAAAGGUCCACUUCAGGCUACAUUUAUAUGAUGGUUGGAGGAGCUGUAUCGUGGAAAAGUGUCAAGCAGACACUCACAGCUUCAUCCACAAUGGAGGCAGAGUAUAUGGCAUGUUAUGAGGCUACUUGUUAA